GGCCGAGCGGGACGCUAAGGCCAAGCAGCCACUCGCGUGCCUUCGCGCGCCUUUCGAGGGACCGAGAGACGGGCCCGGCCCAGGCGGACACAGAACAGUGCACACGAUGGCUGAACGGCCGGAAGACCUGAACCUACCCAAUGCUGUCAUAACCCGCAUCAUCAAGGAAGCACUUCCUGAUGGAGUGAACAUUUCCAAAGAAGCCCGGAGUGCAAUAUCUCGAGCUGCUAGUGUGUUUGUGCUGUAUGCCACAUCAUGCGCCAAUAAUUUUGCAAUGAAGGGGAAGAGGAAAACACUGAAUGCUGGAGAUGUUCUCUCAGCCAUGGAGGAGAUGGAGUUCCAGCGAUUCGUAGGCCCUUUAAAGGAAUCAUUAGAAGCUUACAGGUGGGAGCAGAAAGGCAAACGGGGAGCUUUGGAGCUAAAGAAAAAAGAUAAAGACAAGAAGGAAGAGUCUGAAGAUCCCGACAAGAACCGAGAGGAUGAGAAUGAGGAAGAGGAAAGGAUGGAAGAGGAGGAACAAAAUGAAGAGGAGGAGGAGGAAGAGGAGGUGGAUAGUUGAGCUGCUGCUAGGCCUGGGCAUACUUUGCGCAUGGAAGGAAAUGCUGCUGCCUCUCUUUCCGCAGCAAAGUGUGAUGUUGGCGCUUGAGGCACCCCAAUGAAAAUAUCAGGCUGUCAGUGCAAAGCUGAAUUCCCCCCAAUUGGAACAAAUUGCCUGUGAUGCUGCAAAAGUCCCCACCCUUCCUUCUAAAAUGUCCCAGGAAGCUUAUUAACUGUAGUGCCUUUGGUAUUGGGGGGAGAAAAGGUGAAAUCUCAAGAUGCCCACUCAACUAGAUGAAAUGGACAUAAAUGAAAUGAGCUGGCUUGGCUAACAGUGGCUGAGGUCAACUUUGGUGCACCCCUGGCUGGUCCUGUUCAGAUUUGGGGUGUAAAGUAUAGCUGUCAACAGGGAAGAGAAUUUGUGUAAGAGAGUAGUGAGGCGGUUCUUGGCUUGUACACGCCUUUGCUCUUUGGUUUCCUUCACUCCAGUGGUGACUUCUCUUUUAAUAUGAGGAGGCUGUUUAGUUUCACUCAGAGUUCAUCUUUCCUCUCGCUCUGGUGGUUCUCUCAAUUUCUGCUUCAAUUUUGAGGGUACUUAGAUGUCCAAAGUGUGUCUUUUUGUUCUUCUUAAGCACUCAAUUUAGCAGAAUUUCAUUAAAAAACACAUACAUGCAAA